GCACCAUGCCGCUCCGUUAGCCUUUGCAGGGUCGGCGCAUGUGCAGUGUAAGAAGCAGGCAGCAGCGGAGAGCAGGGGGGCUCCGGGGGGAAAUCGGUGCAGAGCUGUCAGUCUCCUGAUCGCCGGUACCGGACUCCGCCAUGAGCUUCUUCGGCUUUGGCCCGUCCGCGGAGCUUGACAUCACCCUGAGUGACGCGGAGAGCCGCCGGCGGGUGGAGCACAAGACGGAGGACGGCAAGAAGGAGAAAUAUUUUCUCUUCUACGAUGGUGAGACCGUGUCCGGCCGGGUCACCGUCAACCUGAGGAGCCCAGGCAAGAGGCUGGAGCACCAGGGGCUGAAGAUCGAAUUCAUCGGCCAGAUUGAGCUGUACUAUGACCGAGGGAACCACCACGAGUUUGUGUCCUUGGUAAAAGAUUUAGCUCGACCCGGAGAACUCACCCAGUCCCAGAGCUUCGACUUUGAGUUUACCCACGUGGAGAAGCCGUACGAAUCGUACACGGGUCAGAACGUGAAGCUGAGGUAUUUCUUGCGUGCCACCCUCAGCCGUCGCUUGAAUGACAUCGGGAAGGAAAUGGACCUCGUGGUCCACACGUUAAGUACCUACCCGGAGCUCAAUUCCUCCAUCAAGAUGGAAGUGGGCAUUGAGGAUUGCCUGCACAUUGAAUUUGAAUACAACAAGUCCAAAUAUCACCUCAAAGAUGUCAUCGUUGGCAAAAUCUACUUCCUGCUGGUGCGGAUCAAGAUUAAGCACAUGGAGAUCGACAUCAUUAAAAGAGAGACAACGGGCACCGGGCCCAAUGUUUACCACGAGAAUGACACCAUCGCCAAGUACGAGAUCAUGGACGGAGCACCCGUGAGAGGGGAAUCCAUACCCAUCCGGCUGUUCCUUGCUGGCUAUGAGCUGACGCCAACUAUGAGGGAUAUCAACAAGAAGUUUAGUGUGCGCUAUUACCUCAAUCUAGUGCUCAUAGAUGAGGAAGAGAGACGUUACUUCAAACAGCAGGAGGUGGUGUUAUGGCGUAAAGGGGACGUCGUGAGAAAGAGCAUGUCUCACCAGGCCGCCAUUGCCUCUCAACGAUUCGAGGGAACCCACCCCGACAACCGACCACAACACAGUGGAGCUGCCGCAGGGGAUAUGGAAAAAGAGUGACGGCCUGCCGGCAGCAGAACAGGUCUCAAUGACUAAAAUACUCAGACUGGACCUCUCCGACACCCACCUAUUACCACCUGUGCUCACACAGACACUCGGUGGGUCAGCCUCGCAGAUGGGCAUGGCCAGCUUCACUCACCGGGCCCGGCCGGACACUCCUCCAGCUGCUACUUGACGUUCAGCGACACGGGUGGGGGAGACGUGCACGACCAGCCCCUUUUAACCUUUUGCGUUGACACUUUUUAUGCUCAUUGCCUUGUAAUAGUUACCGGCUGCCCUGCCACUGAUGCCCAGACCAUUCUCUGACACCUAGAGG